UCAGUACAGUAGAAUCUUGCCAAGCAUUCCGGGUCGCGGGAGGAGAGAGUGUGUGAGAGGGUGACUCUGUCUGUGGGAGUGUGUGUGUGUGUGUCUCGGUGUGUGUGUGUGACUAAGUGAGUGUUUGCAUGUGUCUGUCAGAGGGGGAGUUAACUGAGAGAGAGGAAGAAGGAAGAAAGUUGAAGAGAGAAGGAAAGAGGGGCAAGAACGAGUGAGGGAGUGAGACAAGGAGAAGUGGCCCAGUAAAAAAAGGGAUUUUACUUGUCGAUGUCUAAACUGGAGUAAAAAGGAAGUGCCUUCCCUGAGGUCUGCUGCAGCUUUGACCUGCUUCUACAGCUGAAGCACCACCCAGCCCCCCCCCCUCCCUGCCUUGCACGCUUGCUGCCACAGAAACAGGAGUGCAAGGACGACAACCACACCCUCCUCGCAGCCUACGGUUCGACCUGCUCGUCCUCUCACCAUCAUCACCAUCCACUCCUCGCAGCAAGGCCCCAUCCUGAACUCUCCUUAAAAGACGGCCCAGCUGCCCAACCGCUCACCACCAGCUGACCAGCCUUACCACAGCAGCUCGACACACCACCAGGCCCACGCAGCAUCUCACACACCUUGCCUUUAACCUUCGCCUUUGACCCUGUAAGCCUCCACUUGGUCCUCAGUGUCCUUAACCUUCCUGUAGCAGGUUACACCCAGACUGUCACCUUUGUUGCCUGCAUCACUGCGCCAAACCAGAGGGCUCUCGCUUUGGCCUGUCCGUCUGCUUGCCGCCUUGGCUUGUGAACAGUGUAGAUGAGACUGUUCAGCCAGCAAUAACCAGUGAGAGUGGAAAGUCAAGCCGAGACUGGCAACUUAAUUGUUAGACCAAGUUGUCUGCUGGAUAUAAAUCACUUUGUCAGUGGUUGUCUAAUAAGGAAAAUGAUCCAUUAACAUCCCCAGCGAUACAUUGUGCUGUAACAUUUCACUUUGGACAAGGAGCCGUCAAAGUCAAUAGGAGCUUUUCUUUUUUUGAAAGUUUCAUUUCAACUUGACACAAAAGUAUCAAAGACUUUAACUGCACCGAUAAAUAAGCAAAAAGAAGACCUUAAAGUUGUGGAUUACACUAGAGGAACUUUAUUCACGCUUUAACCCAUCUCCUCCCAGAAUACAUUUUGCCAGCGUGUUGCCAUGGCAAUGAACAUAGCACAUAUCCGUGACACAAAGUGGCUGACACUGGAAGUAUGUAGGGAGUUCCAGAGGGGCACGUGCUCACGCUCUGACCAGGAGUGCAAGUUCGCUCAUCCCGCCAAGAGCUGUCAGGUGGACAACGGACGGGUCAUUGCUUGCUUCGACUCACUCAAGGGCCGUUGUUCCAGGGAGAACUGCAAGUAUCUGCACCCUCCUCCUCACCUAAAGACCCAGCUGGAGAUCAAUGGCAGGAACAACCUGAUCCAGCAGAAGAACAUGGCCAUGUUGGCACAGCAGAUGCAGCUCAAUGCCAUGAUGCCCGGCACACAGCUACCCCAUAUGGUGAGAGGACACACACGUAUGAACACAGCACAGCUACUGCCCAUGCCCAUGUUCUCGGUGACGCCAGGCCUGGCCACCAAUGCCAGUGCAGCAGCAGCAGUCGCAGCCGCGGCCUUUAAUCCCUACCUGAGCCCUGUGUCACCAAGCCUGAUGCCGCAAGAGAUCCUACCCAGCACCCCUGUCCUCAUGGCCUCAAGCCCCAAUGUCGGCCAAGUUCCCAACGCUGCCGCUGCUGCUGCCCAGAAACUUCUGAGAACAGACAGACUUGAGGUUUGUCGGGAGUACCAGAGGGGCAACUGCUCCCGGGGCGAGGACGACUGUCGCUUCGCCCACCCAGCCGACAGCACCAUGAUCGACACCAACGACAACACCGUCACCGUGUGCAUGGACUACAUCAAGGGCCGCUGCUCCCGGGAAAAGUGCAAGUACUUUCACCCGCCAGCCCACCUGCAGGCUAAAAUCAAGGCGACACAGCACCAGGUGAACCAGGCCACAGCCGCCGCAGCCAUGGUGAGCAGUCUGUACGAGCGCGGGCACCCACUCAUUCACACCCCCACAACAGCCAUAUUCUCAACUCAGUCGGCUGUCAAAUCACUGAAGCGACCCCUCGACGCAACCUUUGACCUGGGCAUCGCCCCUAGUGUCAUGGCUCCCCUGCCUAAGCGGGCAGCCCUGGAAAAGGCCAACGGGGCCUCUGCCAUGUUUAACACUGGCAUGCUCCAGUACCAGCAGGCGCUGGCCAACAUGCAGUUUCAGCAGCAGGCUGCUUUCCUCCCAUCAGGCUCAAUAUUGUGCAUGACACCUGCAACCAGCGUUGUUCCCAUGAUGCAUGGUGGUACUCCAGCCACUGUGUCUGCAGCCACCUCAUCUGCCACAAGCGUUCCCUUCGCAACUGCCUCCACCAAUCAGGACUCUUCCUUAUCAAAGUUGACUACCAACGAAUACAUGCAAUUGAUUCCAAUAAUAUCUGCAGAUCAUCUGAGUAGUCACAAGUACUUGACUCAAAUGUAGUUCCUCUCAAGAACAAUCAAAUGAAUGUGUGCUGGCACCGUCCAAGCCAAAAGAGUUCAGCCUUUAUGUACAUAACCUUCAGAAUGUCGAGCAAUGGGACGAGGAGGGUCUGCCAUCUCUUAGCCUGUCCACAACGCUGGUCUCAUCACACACGUAAACAUCAAGGGUGCAACACGAUCUGUGCCAUGUUCCCACAUAUCAAUGUCAAGAAGAAUUUGUUGUCAAAUUCAACGUCCAGCCGAGAGAAGAGCAUGUGGUGCUGGGGUCAGUGCGUCUCCCCUCAGUGGGAAGUGUUCACAUUACACCUCUGUGUCUGACUCAAUCAUAGCACUCAAUUUGUUCUAUUCGUUAACAUUACUGCACGCACAGAAGGUCAAGAGCGUUGUUGCAUGAGGCAACAUCAAGUGCUAGUACGUUAGUAAACCAAGAUUUAUCUUUCCUUUUUUAUUUGUUCUGCAUUAUUUUUAUUUCUUUGUUUAAUUGAUAGCCAUAUUUCAUAGUUUACAAGUGAAAAGCAAACAUGCACCUUGAAUUUCAAUUGAAAUCUGAAUGGCACAAUGAUUUUAACAGGAAUUGUUUUUCUCGCCAAAAAAAUUAGGCAUGUACAGUAUUGUGUUUUUACGGCUAC